GCUACAAAUGUUGUGGAUGGAGCCGUCGGUUAUGACAGCAAGUCUGACAGUGUUCUUACCCAUGUUGGCAGCCCGAAUGCGUAUACGCAGCCUGCGACUGUUCUUGACAGCACCUAUGCAUACAAUUUUACCGAACUGAAGCCUGAUUACACCACUCUGAACGUGAUUGGUGGUAUUUUCCUCGUCGAAAGAGAAAAAAGAACCAAUCAAGACACUUCGAGCUUCAUCGUCUUCCUCCUCCUCCUCUCCGUUGCCAACGCCGGAACCUCCCGUGCCUCCAUUGGUCUGGCGAUUGAUGUUGGUUGGAGGAUGGUGAAUGUGUACCCUUCCGCACGCACCGGAGGUAUGCCUGACCCCGCACAGCUGGCCGAGCUAUCUGCUAGUACCUGGACGCCUGCAAUCGUUAAGAAAUCUGUUUUUUUGGUGCUCCUCUACUCUUCCUACACCAUCCUUGCCCACUUAUGCGAGCUCUUCCUGUCCGCCGUCAUGUUCCUGAUGGAAGUAGCCAAAGGAAACGGACAUGCUGCCGGUGAACACACGGUCGCCUUUGCCUCGUCCACGGGUUCCUUCCCCACAGCCCUGCGUGAACGUCUACGGGCGGAAUUCUCCCCGCAUCCACAGGGGUACAAUGGCAAUGCUACCAGCGUUGUUGGUUCAUCAGCCUGCCGCCUCCUCCUCAUUAUUGCGCCAUUUGCCGUGCCGGCGGUGCUCUACACCAUCACCAACAAUCUCGGCCUGGCCAUCCAGUUGGAAAUGGAUCCGGCCACUUACCAGGUGGGUGUGUCUGCACACCUCUAA